UGCGCGCCGGAAGUAGGCAAGAUAUAGGCGUAGCUGCGGGGCGGCUGGACCGCGGCGUUGGUGAGACUAUGCCGGUUACCGGGAAGACUUUCCGACGGCGCCGGGCCGACUCGGAGUCGGAAGAAGAUGAGCAGGACUCAGAAGAGGUUCGAUUAAAACUGGAAGAGACCCGAGAGGUGCAGAACUUGAGGAAGAGGCCCAAUGGAGUGAGUGCUGUCGCCCUACUGGUGGGAGAGAAGGUACAAGAAGAGACCACUCUAGUGGAUGAUCCCUUUCAGAUGAAGACAGGUGGUAUGGUGGAUAUGAAGAAACUAAAGGAAAGGGGCAAAGAUAAGAUCAGUGAGGAGGAAGACCUCCAUUUGGGGACGUCGUUUUCUGCAGAAACCAACCGAAGGGAUGAGGACGCCGACAUGAUGAAGUACAUUGAGACGGAGCUGAAGAAGAGGAAAGGGAUCGUGGAACACGAGGAACAGAAAGUCAAGCCAAAGAAUGCCGAGGACUGCCUUUACGAGCUGCCAGAAAACAUCCGGGUUUCCUCAGCCAAGAAGACUGAGGAGAUGCUUUCCAACCAGAUGCUGAGCGGCAUCCCCGAAGUGGACCUGGGCAUCGACGCUAAAAUAAAAAAUAUCAUUUCCACGGAGGACGCCAAGGCCCGUCUGCUGGCAGAGCAGCAGAACAAGAAGAAAGACAGUGAGACCUCCUUCGUGCCCACCAACAUGGCUGUGAACUACGUGCAGCACAACCGAUUUUAUCAUGAGGAGCUCAAUGCUCCCAUACGGAGAAACAAAGAAGAGCCCAAAGCCCGACCCUUGAGAGUGGGUGACACGGAGAAGCCGGAGCCUGAGCGGUCCCCUCCCAACCGCAAGCGUCCUGCUAAUGAGAAGGCCACGGAUGACUAUCAUUAUGAGAAGUUCAAGAAGAUGAACCGGCGCUACUGAGGGAGGCAGAGGGGGAGAAGUGCAGGAUGGGAUGUAAAUAGUGUCGUCCACUCCCUUUAUCUCUGCGAUUAAAGGCCUCCUGGACAGAAGCCUCCUCACUGAAUAGCAGACAGUUCCCAGAACAGACUCAGCCCUGCUGCUUACCUGCUGGAUUUUACAGGCACUGAAUUUGUAACCUGAAACAAAACAAUGUGUAGUUUUCCUAUUUGGGGGCAAACUCUAUUCUUGUGAGCAUUAUUAAAUCUUGUUUGUAAAUAUGUUGACUUUCUCCUAAUAUUUGCCCUGGGUCAGGAGGAAACAGCUGUGUGUUCAGGGUGAGCUAACACCCUUUAGAUUGUGCUUUUAGUGUUAUAUGUGCAAUCAUGUCUUCUACUUUCAGAUAUCUGGAAUGGGGUUCAGAAAUGCCUCCGUCAGUGUUUAUAGUGGAUCCAGCUGACAGCAGAAGAAUCUAGGAUGAGAUCAAAGGGACACUGGUAUUUUCUGACUUUUUACAAAGUUACCUGUUACUUUUCAUUAAGAAAGAAAAAAGAAUUUCUAUCACUUUAAGCACUUAUGUAUUAAAUAUGAAAUGGACCCAGCA